CAUGUACUGGAUUGCUCUGUUCUCGGCAAUGGAAAGACGAGGUGAAUGGAUGAACCUUGGACAGCUUUCGAGCCAAGUCCCCGUUGUCGCCUCUUUAACUCCACCAGAAUAAACAUCAUGAUGCAUUUCUUCUCCGGAGCUACGGUCGUGUUUCGAGUUCUGCUCGUGCUGGUGGCUGAUGGUGAAGGAGGCGAAUAUCGCUUUGAAAUCAUCAUGACAGUUUCCACCCAAGUGAAGUUCCGCAAGUUCCGAGACGACAACAACGGUCGAGUGACCAAGGCAAUAACCAAUCACUAUUCUGUGCAGAUUUGAUCGGCUUUGGGGUUACGCAAGAACACUUGGAACAGCAGACGUGAAC